CAUUUGCCUCGUUCUCUCUCCAAAGUUGUAGCUAAUACCGCAGCCACCAAGGAGACUCUUUCUCUCUCUGGCCGAAUUAGUUCCUUUAUUCGCUCGAAUCCGAGGUCUAUAGUAGUCUCUGGUAGUAUAUUCUUUGGUUGAUUUGAAUACUAAGUUGAAACGGAUCAAAGGUAAAGCUGUUUCAGUUUUCCAAUCGAUCUGUUGGGAUUCGGACUUGGCAAGAAUCCUAAAUUAUUACUGCAUGGAAAAGAUUAUGAAGUAUUUUAACCAUAGACGUUCUAUUAAUUUAAAUUGGAUCUGUGGAGAGGAAAGAGUUGCGUAUUUGUAUUUGUGGUGUUGUGUAUUAGCAUCUGAAAAUGCCCAAGGCAAGGAGAGAGCGUUCUGUGUCAUUUGAUAGGUCAAGGGGAUAUCCUUUUCCCUGCAGUUCCAGUCGUUCAAAAGCAUCAUUGCCAAAAAAUCCUUUAGAGGAUCCAGAGAAUAUGAAAGAAUGGGAAGAUACCCGAUGUCCAGUCUGUAUGGAACAUCCCCAUAAUGCAAUUCUACUUCUAUGUUCGUCUCAUGAGAAAGGCUGUCGCCCUUUCAUGUGUGACACAAGCUACCGCCACUCAAAUUGUUUUGACCAGUUUCGCAAGUCAUUUGGUGAAGCUAAACCAAUGAUGCAAAGACCAGAAGACACACUAAUCUCAGUCUCUCCUGUGAUGACAUCUUCGACAAUAAUAUCAGAAUCAACAGUCCGUGAUUUGGAAGGGGAAAGAAGUGUGGAAGGAUCUAUGCCCGUGGAAGGCGAUUCAAUCAACAACCAGGAGAAGCCAAAGCUGGUAUGCCCUCUUUGCCGGGGCCAAAUAAACGGGUGUACUGUUGUGGAGUCCGCUCGUCGUUUCAUGAACUCAAAAUCGAGGAGCUGUGCAAGUGAAACAUGUGAUUUCAGUGGCAAUUAUACAGAUAUUCGGAAGCACGCAAGAUUGGUGCAUCCACUUACUAGGCCAACAGAAGCUGACCCAGAAAGGCAGCGUAACUGGAGGAGAUUAGAGCGGCAGAGGGACCUUGGAGAUUUACUUAGCACACUUCAUUCAUCCUUUAGCGAAGAGAGGAUCGAGGACAACAGCACUUUGACCAUUGAUGAUGGUGGCUGGCUGACAGUAUAUUUCCUUGUUCGAUUUAUCCGACCAGGAAAUACUGCAGGUCGAUCCAGUAAUUCAAGAACUCGUACUCAAAUCAGAAGAUCAUCAAGACAACUUUGGGGUGAACCUGAUGGAGAAACCGAUUCCAGAGAUGAUGUUGACGAAUCUUCCGACAGCGGGCAAAGCCAAGUAGUGCAUUAUGAGAGGAGGCAGCGGAGGCGUCGAUCAACACCAGAAGACUAGUAACUACCAGCAAAAGUCGGGGGUGUGCAUGGUUAUUUUUCUUGAAACUUCACAAUCCUUUAAACUUAUUUAUAAAUCUUCCAGCUUAUUUAUUUACAAAAUUAUCCUGGUCUCUCCGGGGUGAAAAGAGCGAAUGGGUUCUGAUAUGUUCCAUCUUGUGUAGCCAACAUGCAUAGAAGUGUAACCUUCUGAAACUUAAAAAAAUUUAUUUGGGGAAAUUACAUUUCCUCUGCUGUCUUUGGCCACAAUUGCCUAAUGGUUCCUUAUUGAGUUGAAUAAAUUGUAAUUCUGUUGUUUAUAUU